AUGACAACUUCUUGGCAGGAUCGCGCUAGACAGAAGCGCGAGGCUAUUCUUGCAGCGAUACCGCCAGAGUGGGUUAUAAAAGAUCGACCUUCCAUCGAAGAGCAAAGAGAUGUUACUGGGGAGUACAUAAGAGGCUUCUUGAGCGAGAGGGAGGUGGAAAUUACAGAGACAGACGCGGAGAAGAUUGUGGACAAGACCACGACCGGCGCAUGGAAGGCGGAGGAGAUUACAAGGGCGUUCUGUCACCGAGCUGCGCUCGCACAUCAACUGCUCCACUGCCUUCACGAGAUAUUCUUUGACGCCGCCAUUGAGUCUGCGCGGUCCCUUGACGCGUACUUCGCAGAGCAUGGAAAACCAGUAGGCCCUUUGCACGGACUACCUGUGUCCCUGAAAGACCAAUUUCAUGUCAAAGAUGUGGAGACCACCAUGGGGUAUGUAGGUUGGAUUGGGACGUUCGAAGGCAAGGUAGGCACAGGAAAAGAGAAGGUUUUCGAAAGCGAAAUGGUAAGGGAGCUGAGAAAUUUGGGUGCGGUACUGUAUUGUAAGACGAGUGUGCCACAUACACUCAUGGCCGGCGAGACGACGAACAACAUUAUCGGGUACACUCUGAAUCCGAAAAACAGAAAUCUCACCGCUGGCGGCUCGAGUGGUGGGGAAGGUGCCCUCAUUGGUAUCAAAGGAUCACCAAUUGGGUUUGGCACCGACAUAGGCGGGUCCAUUAGGAUUCCGGCUGCUUUCAAUGGUCUCUACGGCAUCCGGCCGACAUCCGGACGAUUUCCCUACCAGGGUAUGGCGAAUUCGAUGGAUGGUCAGAACACUAUACUUUCGGUCGUCGGCCCGCUUGCGACCACUGCGGGAUCUCUGAGGCUAAUGACCAAGGCAAUCCUGUCACAACAGCCUUGGCUGCACGACCCUAUGGUACACGAAAUGCCCUGGCGAGACUCGCAUGAGCAGGGAAUCUCGACAAUACUCAAUUCUACGGGCUCAAGUGAAGGCGGGAAAUUAUGCUUUGGUGUCAUGCCAACAGAUGGCAUCGUCAAUCCUUCUCCACCCAUCCGCCGUGCCAUCGACAUUGUCGUAAAAGCCCUGCGUUCGCACGGACACGAAGUUGUCGACUGGAAUCCGCCAUCACACCGCGCCAUAUUGGACGAAGCCUUCAAGACGUGGGACUUUGACGCAGGCUCUGAUCUCAAAUCCUCAUUUGCACUAUCUGGGGGAGCCGAUGCAUCCACAAGUCGCCAGCUUCGGUGCGCUGCAAAAGCACUACUCCGCCAGCGAGAUAUCGGCGGUGAACCACUGCAAAGCUCACUCCGUGGCCCGCGGCAAGACCAGAAAAGUAUUCUCCCCGUUACCGAGGUCGAUAAGGAUAUUGAUGUUGUGGACGUGGAGUACACGCCCCUCGAUGAAAGAGACAAGAUAUGCCAUGAGAGCUAUGAUCCAUCCAUAUACGACGGAGCGCACGUUGGUGUGCAAUUGGUUGGGAGGAGACUGCAGGAGGAGAAGAUGCUCGCGAUCGCAGAGUAUGUUGGCAAAAUCGUGGGCAAGUGA